AUGACGGACCCUUUAAAGACUCUAGAAACGAUGCCUGGCUCUAAAUACUCCAAUCCUCCUCCUAUCUCCCAGAAGAAAUAUCCAAUCGCAGGAAUCCUCACCACGGUCUUCGGCCUAGAUGAGUUGCCUCCUCAAGCCUCGGAGAUUGCCUGUCUCUGGCUUUUGCACCCUAGGCUGGCAACUCAAGAGCGCAUGACCAGUAUUGCAGCGUCCGUGAUUGCGGAUUGGAAUCAGACUACUGAAAAAAGUCAAUCUAGUUCAGUCAAGGGUCUCAUAGCGGUCUCGUUCGAUCAGAGAAACCAUGGCACAAGAUUGGUUGAUCCUCUUGCAAAUGAGGCGUGGAGACAAGGCAAUGCUCGACAUGCGCAGGACAUGUUUUCUAUCUUCCAGGGAACCGCACGCGAUGUGUCCUUGUUGAUGGACUAUCUUCCUGCCUUCCUGUUUCCCCGUGGUGAACAUGAAAUCUCCGAUCAUCUAGUCCUUGGAGUGUCCUUGGGCGGACAUGCGGCGUGGAGCUGUCUGCUUCAUGAACCCCGUAUGAGCGCCGGCGUGGUUAUCAUCGGAUGCCCUGACUACGUAAAUCUCAUGGCAGAUCGCGCGCGAUUGUCAAAGCUGCCGUCCUGGACGAAUAGCGACCCCCAAGGGUCUCAGAUCCUUGGCUCCGAAGCCUUGCCAACGUCCCUUCUAGACACCAUCUCCAAACUUGACCCAGCAAGCCUGUUCCUGAGUUACAUCGAUACCAAAUCGAACCCUGGGCCUCUCCGGAGCAAUCAUCUGCCGGAGCCCACUGAAACUGAGAAGGAAGCCUUGCGACCAGCGCUUACACGCUGUUUGGCUGGAAAGAAGAUCUUGAAUCUUUCCGGAGGUGCUGAUAAGCUGGUCCCCUAUCACCGCGGGGAGGUGUUCCUGGCGUGGUUGAAGAAAGCUAUUGCUCCAACAGGCUGGUUCGCCGAUGGUGCUGUCACGCUUGAAGACAUCAUCGAUGAAAACGCUGCCCACGAGGUGACCCCAAAGAUGGUUGACGAGGCUGUUCGCUUCAUCCGGGAGACGCUUUCUGCGAGCAAAGACUCGGCGACGAAAUGCGGCUUCGUCAGAAAUUCCAAAAUAUGA